AUGCCAAACGAAACAGCCAUAUCGAAUCCUACCAGCUGUCCAGCUUGGCAACAAUCCUCAGCAACAACAAAUUCAAAUACUAAUACAAUUGAUACACCACCUGAUUCUGCUAUUUUACCGCCAAAAGAUUGGCCAAGUCUUGCUGAAGCAACUGAUGAACAAGUAGUUUCAUCACAACCAAAUACACCUCGAACACGUAAUAGAAAGGGUAAACAAAAAUGGGUUCCAUUACCAUUCGAUAAUACUGAAGGUGAUACAACAACAACAGUACCACCAACUACUCCUCAGGCUAACACAAAAUCAGGUACAUCAAAAGGAAAUCGUACUGGUCGAAAUGCUCGUAAUGGACGUGGUGGUAAUCGAAAUCGUACACGUAGUCUUGAUGGUGCUACACCUAAACGAAAUCGAAAGAAUCGACCAGCAGCGACUGCUUACAAUAAUGGGUAUCAAGAUUAUUAUGCUUACUAUUAUUACGAUCCAAAUGGAAAUGCAGUAAAAUGGUAUCCUGAUAAACAGGGUAAACGAAAGAAGAAAUCUGAAGGGUUAAUUGGUACUGAAUUAACUGAAGAAGGAACAGGUACUACUAAUAAUCAAAUACGCGAUGUUCAUAAAUUUAUAUUUGAUGAUGAAGCUGUUGUUGUUGAUGAUUGUUCUUUUGUAUUACCCUAUAUCGAAAGUACUUAUUAUUAUCAACCGACAACUCCAUCGCCAACUUCAGACAUGUCUUUAACUAAUUCUAAUGAAUAUGCAAAUUCGCUUAUACCUGCUUAUACUGAACAACAAUUAAAAGAGCUUCUACGACAUCAAGUUGAAUAUUAUUUUAGUCCAGAAAAUCUUGAAAUUGAUAUAUUUCUUCGACAACAAAUGACUAAGGAUGGUUAUAUACCACUUUCACUUAUUGCAAAUUUUAAUCGUGUUCGAUCCUUAUGUGAUAAUGUUCAUUCAAUAGCUGAUGCAGUUCAAGAUAGUCGUGUUGUUGAACUCAAUGAUCAAUGUAUGAUACGCUGUCGAAUUGAACCAACUCGAUGGCCAAUAAUAGUUGAUACAAAUAAUCAUUUAAUAGAAUUGAAUCCGGAUGUUCCAGAUUUUCAACCAGGGAAAAUAUGGAAAACAGAAAGUCAAAGUAUGAAAGAUGAAUCAAAUGUAUUAGAGAAAGACGAUAAAAGUGAACUUAAUUGGAAUCAAGUAUCAGCGAAAAGAAAAAAACCAAUAAAGAAAAAGGAAAAAAAAGAACAACAAGCUCAAAUUGUACCAUCAGAAGACGUAUUAAAACGAGAUAGUCGUGAAGAAUUAGAUUUUCAAUUUGAUGAAGAAUUACCAAAUAAACAAGCAAAUGUACUAACAUUUGCUCCACAAAAUCGACGUCGAACUACAUCAUUAACACUAGAUUUACAUGAAGCAAAUCAAGAUGAAGAUUCAGAUUUUGAAUUAGAUGAUAAUGAUAUUAGUAAACUUCUUAUCAUAACACCAACACCACCAUCAAAUCGUAAACAUAAUGCGAAAAAUCAGGAACAUACUGGUGAAUUUACACCACGAGCACGAAUGACAGCUGAAAUAGCUAAAAUUAUUAAUGAUGGUUUGAGACGUUAUGAAGAAGAAUUAUGGCAUCAUGAUCGACCAAAAUCAGGCGUAGAAAAAACAGUGACACUAAUAAGUCAAGAUGAAAUGAAUGCUAUAAGAAACAAAGCACAGAAAAGUGCUGGAAAGAAAAAAAAUACUAAUACAGGUGAAAUAACAAAUCAAAAUACUCAAGUACAAACUGAAAAAGCAAAUACUACAUCCACUGCAACUAAUAAAAAUCAACCUCGUAGUCCAGCUAUUGCUAUUGUUCGCUCAAAUAAUUGCCCACCACCACAACUUGAACCAUUCUAUCGUCCAAAACAUUUACCUGGUGCGAACCAACAAAAUGUAUCACAUCCAUCAACAAACGAUUGUGUAUCACAUUCAUUACCAAAUAAUCUACGAAAACAAAGUGACAGUAGUCCGAUUGUACCACUUCCGUCAAUAACGGAUAUCAAUGAUAAAAAUCAAGUAUCUGACAAUCAUCCUGAAGAACCACGAACACCUCAUUCACGUGCAAAAAAUAUUGCUCGAUUCUAUCCAGUUACCAAAGAUUCAUUGGUUGUUAAAGCAGAUACACCUGGUUUAAAACGUAAAACACGUCAUAGUGAACAUCCACCGGUGGAAAGUUCAGUUGGUUGGGUAUUUGAUUCGCGUGAUCAUUUAACUACAAGACAACGAAGCAGUACAACAACUAAUGCACCUAGUAGUCGACAACAAGAUUUCUAUGAUCAAUAUCCAUCAUCAUAUAAUGAUUCACAUUAUUGGUAUGGUAAUAAUCCAAAUUCAUAUGAUUUUUAUGGUUCAACACCGGUAGAAAUUCCUCAAUUUCAACAUCCAUCUCAUUCACUUUUGCAACAAAAUGGUUUUACUCAACAAGUUUAUAAUAAAUAUAAACAACAAUGUCUUGAUGAACGUACUAAAGUUGGUCUUGGUCAAUCCAUGGAAAUGAAUACACUCUAUCGUUUUUGGUCAUUUUUUCUACGUGAAAAAUUUAAUCGUCGUAUGUACGAUGAAUUUAAGCAAUAUGCUGUUGAUGAUGCAAAAGUUGAUCAUCGUUAUGGUGUUGAAUGUUUAUUUCGGUUUUAUACAUAUGGUCUCGAGAAACAUUUUCGUCAAGAAGUUUUUGAAGAUUUUCAACGUGAAACUCUUCGAGAUUAUGAAGCUGGUCAAUUAUAUGGUUUAGAAAAGUUUUGGGCUUUUCUAAAAUAUUCUCGACAAAAACCAAAAAUUAAUCCAAAACUUGAAGAAAUUCUCAAGAACUUUAAACGUCUGGAAGAUUUUCGUGUUGAUGGUGCUUCAUUUCCACAACAAUUCUAUCCAACUAAAUCAGGAAUUAUAACUGUUCCACCACCGGAAGCAGUUGCUGCUGCAGCAGCAAAGAACAGUGAUACAACAAAUUCAUUGAAAACAACUGGUGAACAUUUUCCAACUCGUCAUCGUGGUCAACCACGACAACCGAAUCGUCGGACAAUCUCCGAACGUUGUUAA